UAAUUACUUUUUAUUUUUAAAGGUAAUUAAUUAAACAUUAAAAAUGGCAGACGAAGAAGCGGAAUCUGCAGCUCCAGGUGUUACUUACAUGAAUACAUUUAUUCUUAUGGAGGAAUUCUUAGAUAAACUAAAAUUGUUGAACUAUGAAAAAGAGUUCUGUCGCGCCUGGGGAUUUCGUCAGUUCUCCCGGCAUUACUUUGCCAUUGCCACAAACCCAGGAGAGCAGUUUUAUGCAUUUACCAAUAUCGUUGCGUGGCUUUUAAAUCAGUGUGGAAAGUCAUUUGAACGACCACAAGAGUAUGAUGACCCCAAUGCCACAGUCUCCGAAAUUCUUAACGAGGCUAAAUCGCUAGGUAUAACUGUAGACUUCCCGCCUGGAAAAUUAAAAGUUGGCUAUGGUGAACAUGUGAUUUAUUUGCUAAAUAAAUUGUCUGACGAAGCUCUUAAGUGUAAGAUGUUUUCAUGGAAGAAUCCUGAAUAUGUUCAAGAAGAAGAAGCAGAGGAAAACGUCAUAGAAGAUGAUUCUGAAUUAACCAUGGAAAAAUUAAACGAUGAGUUGGCAGAAGAAAUUGAAGAAGAAGCUGAAGAAGAAGAAAGUUAUUUAGAUCUAGCUGGAUUGAAACAACAAUCCUACAUGAAUGAGUUUAGUAAGUCGAAACCAGACUCUAUGUUGGUAUCACAAGUAGAUGUUAGUGAAUGGAAAUUAGAGCUUGAAAGAGUUCUCCCUCUGUUGAAGGUUCAUAUUCGAGCAGAUAAUAAAGACUGGCGUAGUCAUUACGAACAAAUGCAACAAUACAGCAAUGGUAUAAACCAAACAUUGCAGGAUACACAAUCACAACUUGAUAAGCUUCACCAAGAAAUAAGUAAAACACUGGAGAAAGUUGCAAGUCGUGAGAAAUACAUCAACAGUCAAUUAGAAGGAAAAAUUCAAGAGUACCGAAAUAGCGAAGACAAAUUAGCCGUAACACGUGAACGAUAUAAACAGAGUAGUGGUGGUGUGACAGAGCUGACGCAGGCAUUGUCUCAAAUAACGGAAGAGUUAGAACAAGUGAAGCAACAAAUGGAUGAGCGAGGCACGAACAUGACGGAUUCAGGUCCACUUGUUCGCAUCAAGCAGGCAGUAGCCAAAUUGCAGGAAGAAAUACAACAAAUGGAGCUUCAGAUUGGUGUUUUAGAACAUUCCUUAUUGCAAGGUAGAGUGCGUGAAAAAUUGGGAUUGGAAGUGAAAGUCAAUAAAAUUGGCAGUAAAAAGGACUCUUGAAAACAAACUGUUUUGCAUCAGUAACAAUAUUGAUAUUUUCUUUCAAAAGUUUUGUGUCUUUAAUUGAAGGAGAACAGUGUUUAAGGCAACUCUCUCAUUGACGAUGUUUAGCUGUUAAAUAAUUUAUUUGAUUUUUAUGCAUCUCUGUUGUACAUACUGUAUUUAAAAUAUUAGUGCUAAUAUAUUUUGCGUCUCACCGUA